GCUCCAAAAGCAGGGGAGAGGAUGCGUUUCCCAAGAGAGAUAAUGGUUUCUUAGAGCUGGAGUUGAAGCUUAGCCAUUUCUCUGAAAGAAGGGCCAUCUUGGAGGGCGUGCUGAGCAGCUUCAAAGCAUCGUUACUGCUGGAGCUGGAAAGCCUCACAGUUUUUCCUUUUCUUCCCACAUCACCUCUGUCAGACUCCAGAACAACGUCCCCACUUUGUGUGAGAGUAUCCAAUCCUAAACAGUGUGGAAGGGAAACUGAUGCUGUAAAACUGAUGCAGGGUCUGCUGACGUUUGAGGACGUGGCCGUGCAUUUCUCGGAGGGGGAGUGGGCCCUGCUGGACCCCACUCGGAGGGCUCUCUACAGGGACGUCAUGAAAGAGAACUACGAGAAUAUGAUCUCGCUGAUUCUGGCCAUCACAAAACCCGACAUGAUCUCUCAGCUGGAGCGAGUGGGCGAGCCGUGGGCAGAGGAGCUAGACUGUGCUGGGCAAAACAAAGAAAAUGCUGAUCGAGUAAGAGAGAACAGCAAUGGGGACCUUCAGCUGGAGAACUCUGAGCUUGUGGACUCACAUUGGAUGUUGUUGAGACGAGAUGAGGAGGCCACACCCCAGCCCCACAAAAAGGAAGAAGCCCCCAGGACUCAGCUAGGAUUAAAGAAGCUGCGGGCAAACCCCCUGGUGGAGAAAGUGCAAGAGCCCGUAAUUCUUACGGGCAAGAACAUGGGUACUGCAGAAACAGGGAAGGAGACCCAAGCGGUGUGCUCUCUGUGUGGGAAAAGCUUUAAUAACAGAGCAAGUCUGAUGAGGCACCAGAGGAUCCACACAGGGGAGAAACCGCACAUCUGCAUGGAUUGUGGGAAAAGCUUCAACAAGCGGUCUAAUCUCAUUACCCACCAGAGAAUCCACACGGGCGAGAAGCCAUACAGCUGCAUGGAUUGUGGGAAAAGCUUCAGCCUGAGCUCGAGCCUUGUCAGGCACCAGAGAAUCCACACGGGGGAGAAGCCGUACCAGUGCUCAGUCUGUGAAAGAAGCUUCAAUCAGAAACCCUCGCUCAUUGUUCACGAGAGAACCCAUCGGCGGGAGAAGCCGUACAAGUGCUCAGCUUGUGAAAAAAGCUACAGUCAUGUGACGAGCCUGAUGGCACACGAGAAAAUUCACCGUGAAGAAAAGCCGUACAAAUGCCCCAAGUGCGAGAAAAGGUUCAGCUUCAGCUCGCAACUCACCACACACCAGAGGAUCCAUGUGGAAGAGAAGCCGUACAAGUGCUCGGUCUGCAAGAGGGGGUUCAGCCGGCCCUCCAGCCUGGUGGUGCAUGAGAGAAUCCACACGGGUGAGAAGCCGUACAAGUGCGCAGAUUGUGAAAAAAGUUUCCCUUCGAACUCAAGUUUGUUGAGACACCAGCUGACCCACACAGAAGAGAAACUGGGCACAUGCUCGGAUUGUGGGAAAAGCAUUGCUCCCAGUUCAGGCAUCCAGAGAAUCCAGGCAGGACGGAAACUGUCUCGGUGCAUAGACUGUGAGAAACGGUUCAGCUUGGGUUCUGCUUGUAUCUCCCGGGGAGAGAGUCGUUGCAAGGAUCAGAGACCUUCUAACAAGCUGGCCAGGGGCCAGCAUUUUAGCAUCCAAACUAUUGAUCCUGCAGCAGUACAAAGAGAGGGCAGUACCUUUUGGCAAAGCUCUCAGCCCAUUCAUUAUCAAAUUAACUACAUAGGAUGGGAGUGAAAACAAUUAAGGGGAUCUUCUCUUGAGGCAGGGAGGGAAGGCAGCGCGGUACAGCCUGAUCUCGUCAGAUCUUGGUACUUGGGUGGGAGACCACCAUGAAUGAUUCUACUGAGGAAGGCAAUGGCGAAGUACCUCUGCUUCUUCUCGCUUGCCUUGAAAGCCUCUCGAUGGGGUCACCAUAAGUCAGUUUUGUCUUGACGGCACAUAUGUCCCUCUCUUGCACAUAUUCCGUUGUUUUGAUGGCACCGGUGCAGGAGAAUGUCCCAGUGGAACAUGCUCCCACAUUGUGCCCUUUAGGUGUCUUAGGUUGUCUGAGGGGAAAAGCAAAGGCAAACAAAAGCAGACACCCAUCCUUGGCGCUGGUCCGUUUCUAACAUCUGAGACCAUUCUGGGUAAGCGAGAAAAUAGAGAAACACAUUCCCCACCCCCACCCCUCUGGAGACAUAACGUUCUGAUUAUUUUCCAUCUUGGGAAUUAAUAAAACAGUAUUGUCUUG